AUGACAAAUCCUAGAGAGCUUAAUAAUAUGAGCGUUGUGACAACAAGAAGUGGUAAAUCUGAUGAAGUACUUGAGGAGAUGGCUGAAGAGGAAGAUCAAUUGAUCGAAGUGGACCUUGAGAUCAAAGAAAAUGAAGUUGUAAGGGAAGAAUUGGUUGCACCGAAACCAAUAGUGAAAGAAACAGUCACUGAGCCUAAACCGGUCAUUAAGCUUCCUUUUCCCACCAGAAACAAGAAAAAGGGGCAAUAUGAGAAAAAAUUUGAGAAGUUCCUUGAGUUGUUCAAGAAGCUAGAAAUUAACAUUCCGCUUUUAGAAGCACUUGAACAAAUGCUUACUUAUGGUAUGAAGAUCCCAAGGAAGAAGAAAGAUCGAGGAGCGGUCACUAUUCCUUGUACCAUCGGAGAUAGGUCAUUCAAAAAGGAUCUUAUUGAUCUAGGAGCAAGUGUCAAGAAACCUUAUGGUAUUGUUGAAGAUGUUCUAGUGAAAAUUGACAAGUUUGUAUUCCCGGUGGAUUUCGUGAUUCUAGAAAUGCCUGAAGAUGAAGAGAUCCCUCUCAUUCUUGGGAGACCCUUUUUAGAGACGGGAAGAUGCUUGAUCAACAUAGAAGAAGGGACUAUGACGUUGAAGGUUUAUGAUGAGGAAUUAAAGAUUGAUGUUCCAAACAUCAUGAAAUACAAAGAUGAUAUUUGUACCAGUCAUACUAUAGAGGUUCUGGAUCAAGUAAUAACAUAUGAUAGUCCUUUGAAUGCACCACAAUUACCUUUGGAAAGAGUGUUGAGUUUGUCCAUUUUCGACAGUGAUAAAGAAGUGGACAACGGGGAAUCCGAAAUGUUGGCCUUGAUGGACACACAACCCCCGUGGAAAGGAUCUCAACCACAUCGGUGGGAAGAUUUAUGA